AUGUCAGCGAAAAGUGCGGCUCACCUGAUCAAACGAGUCCUCAUGGUCCCUCCAAAGCAUUUCACCGUUGAGUACAACAUCAAUCCAUGGAUGGGCGGUGUCGUCGACAAGGCAAAAGCGCAACAACAAUGGGAAAGUCUCAAGAACGCGAUCGAAAAGCAAGGAGUUCAAGUUUUGACAAUGGACCAAACGAAAGGCCUUCCGGAUCAAGUUUUUGUGUGCAACAGCGGUCUUGUCUACAACAAUAAAGUCUAUUUGUCCCGAUUCCGGCAUAAGGAGCGAUCUGGAGAGCAACCGCAUUAUUUGGAAUGGUUCAAAAAGAACAAUUUUGAGAUUCACGGAGACGGCUAUGAGGAGACGUUUGAAGGAGGAGGCGAUGCGGUAUUCAGCGAUCCGAAAACCCUCUGGGCGGGCUAUGGAGAGCGAAGCUCCAAAUCGGUUUACGAGAAAGUGAAAGCCCUAGGCGAUUUUGAUAUCGUCCUUUGCGAUAUGGUUCUUCCAAACUUUUACCAUUUGGACACCUGCUUCGCGCCGAUUGACGAGACCGCUGCCUUGUAUUAUCCGCCAGCAUUCUCGGAUCGAACUCAGAAAGAGAUUCUCCGACGCCUUCCAAAAUCCAUUGCCGUCACAGAAGCGGAAGCCAACGCGUUCGUGUGCAAUGCGAUUACGAUUCGCGACUGUGUGAUUUCGCCGAUCGGUGUCUCGCAAGAAACCAAGAAUGCUUUGAAGAACCUCGGCAAAACGGUUGAAGAGGUCGACAUGAGCGAAUUUAUGAAGAGCGGCGGUGCUUGUCAAUGUUUGGUUCUUAGAUUGUAA